GCAUCACUUUUUAGACUUUUCAAUUUCUAAAAGCUAUUCACUAACCCUUUUAAGUAUGUCGUUGUUGGGUUCUCAAAUCACACAUUACUGCUUGUGCUGCAUCAAACUAGGUUCAAUAAAAAACAGACAAAGUUCUUACUUCUCUAUCGUUGACAUCCUCUCAGCCACUGAAAGAUCAUGGAUCUACAGUCAUGGGAAAAUCACGAUUACUCAAACGCAUUCUUUGAAGGAGCAGUUCGUGUUUGUGAGGAAACAGUCAAAAUUCCAACAAGUUUUUAUAACACAUGGGGUAAUGAACUGAGCAAAAAAGUCAUACUUGAAGAUAAUUAUGGCAAUAUCUUCCUGGUGGACAUUGUUAUUGAUAUCAUAAAUAAUAAGGUUUCUGCUAAAUUUGGUAAUGGCAUCAAUUGUUUGAAGGCUUUCUACAACAUUAAAGUUGGAACAUUGCUUCACUUUAAAUAUGUGGGAAAAGACACAUUUAAAAUAAGGUUCUCCAUCAAUGAAACACCAAGUAACCAAUUUAUAGAAUUUCAACCAAGGAGACAAGUUGGAAGUGCUUCAAGGACUCGCAAGGCAAAUCAAAUAAUGUUAUGGGAAAGUAGAAUUUUUCAUGAACAACGCCCAUUUUGGAAAUCAUUGAUCAUUCCAACAAAUGUGGUGGAAACUGAAUUUACUAAUCAACCAUCAACUAUUAUUGUGAAGCUACCAAACAACAUGGAAGAAGAUUGGGAUAUAAUAUGGUGCAAGGAUAAACGACCAAAUUCAAGGGGUUUUUGGAAGAGGUUGGUACAACUUUGGUAGAGAGAACAACUUUAACCUAGAUGACAAAGUUCAAUUUUGGAAAGUGGAAGGAGAUGAGAGGUUAAGUGUGAAAGUAUUGCGUAUUUGAGUUGUGCUUCAUGGUUAAAAAUACUUUGCUUAAUAUUAUAAGUUAUUUAUAUGAUGUUUUGAGAAAUAUUCUGCUUGCAUCCAUACACAAGAAAGUGA